AAAGCUUAUAAGAAAUGUUGUGAUCAUAAUCGCCAAACUGGAAACGCACCAAAAAAAAUUGAACAUUAUGAUAUUUUAUGUGAAAUAUUCGCUAAAACGCCAUGGAUGCAGCCUUUGUCUACUGUUGGAUCCAGCAAGCCUCUUGGGCAUCAUUUAAAUGAAGAAUCAUCGUCUUCAGGAAGUUCAAAACGUGAGUAACAGUUAAAGGUCCAGCAUCUUCAACAAUCUCGUUUGGAAGAAUAACU